CACCAUGCCCAGCCAAUCGGGUCGGGUCUGCUGGGGCCCAGCCAAUCCGGCUGGACGAGGAAGACCUGAGUCAGUGCUUGCGCCCGGCGCGUCCAGCUGUGGCUGCCGUUGCUGAGUUCCUGGUCUGCUGGUUCGUCCUCGAGAAGACCCCCCCCCCCAAAACCAGGUGCCGCAGGCCAUGGGGCGGCAGUGGGGGCCCUCCAUGAGGGCGGCUGAGCAGGCGGGCUGUGUGGUGAGCGCCUCCCGGGCCGGGCAUUCCAAAGCCGGCUGGUGGAGCUGCAGCGGGGUAAUCCUGAGUCGGAGCCCGGGCCUGGUGCUGUGCCACGGGGGCAUCUUCACCCCGUUCCUACGCGCCGGCAGUGGGGUCCUGACUGCAGCCGGCACCGCGUUCCUGCCGGGCGACAGUUGUGGCGACGACCUGCGCCUCCACGUGCAGUGGGGGCCAACGGCUGAGAGCCCCGCUGUCCGCGCGGAGCCGAGCCGCCCGGGCCUGAGCAUGCCCCGCUGCGCCGGCCUCGAGCCCAGCGCCCCCAGCCGGCCCCGCGGACGGCCCCUGCAGCCCCCGCGCCCAGCCAAGUUGCUGCUGUUGCUGAGCUGCCCUGCUUUCCGGGCCCACUUCACACGCCUCUUCGGAGGCGAGGCGGCCGAGCACUGGCACUUUGUGAGCGCAGCACCCGACGACGAGGUGUCGGAGGAAGAGGAAGAGGACCAGCUGAGAGCGCUUGGUUGGUUCGCGCUGCUGCGCGUGCAGCCCGGCCUGCAGGCCGAGGAGGGCGGCGGGCCGGUGGUGGCCGUGGCUCCUCUGGGGAGCGUGCCCAAGGGCGCGCCGCUGCUGGCCUGCGGCUCCCCAUUCGGGGCCUUCUGCCCGGACAUCUUCCUCAACACGCUGAGCCGCGGCGUGCUCAGCAACGCGGCCGGCCCGCUGCUGCUCACCGACGCUCGCUGUCUGCCCGGCACCGAGGGCGGCGGCGUGUUCGCCGCGAGACCCGCGGGGGCGCUGGUGGCGCUGGUGGCCGCGCCGCUCUGCUGGAAGGCCCGCGAGUGGGUGGGCCUCACAUUGCUCUGUGCCGCCGCCCCGCUGCUCCACGCCGCCCGCGCCGCGCUCUCCAGCCUGGCCCCCGACUCUGCUGCCCUCGCCGCCCUUCUGCCGCCCGAGGUGGGCGCCCCACGGGGCCUGCAAGACCCUGGACCUCCGUGGGCAGCUGCAGCCGUGCUGGUGGAGUGCGGUACUGUCUGGGGAUCCGGAGUGGCCGUAGCACCUCGUCUCGUGGUGACCUGCCGGCAUGUGGCCCCGCGGGAGAUGGCCAGGGUCUUGGUUCACUCCACUGCCCCCAAGAAUGUUGCAAUCUGGGGACAUGUGGUAUUUGCCACCCAGGAAACAUCUCCCUAUGACAUAGCAGUUGUGAGGCUAGAGGAAGACCUGGAUGGUAUCCCCAGACCUGUGCCUGCUGAGCACUUCCAUGAAGGUGAGGCUGUCAGUGUGGUGGGCUUUGGCAUCUUCGGUCAGGCCUGUGGGCCCUCUGUGACCUCAGGCAUCCUGUCAGCUGUGGUGCAGGUGGACGACACCCCAGUGAUGCUGCAGACCACAUGUGCCGUGCAUGGUGGCUCCAGUGGGGGACCCCUCUUCUCUACCCAUUCAGGGGGCCUCCUGGGCAUGGUCACCAGCAACACCCGGGACAAUAACACAGGGGCCACCUACCCGCACCUAAACUUCAGCAUUCCCAUCACGGUGCUCCAGCCUGCCCUGAGGCAGUACAGUCAGACUGGUGACCUUGGUGGCUUCCGGGAGCUGGACCAAGCCGCUGAGCCAGUCAGAGUGGUGUGGCGGCUGCAGCAGCCCCUGCCCCAGGCCCCACGGAGCAAGCUCUGAGGCUGUGUUGCCCUCUGGAUAAGAGGGACCAUUUUAUGCUUUGGGAAGUGAUGUGGAGGUGGUUGACAGUCAUAGGAUCUGGGGUCCAGCUGGGUGACUACAGGUCUCCACCCAUGGCUCUUGUCUGGACUGGGGCUCUGGGCCUGGUGCAGACUCCUCGCACAGACUUUCUUUGAGUGUGAUGGGAUCCACUUUGGGGUGCUUUCUUGAGCCCCAUCUCUGUCCCAUGGACUAGGCUUACCUAUGUGAUUUUCCCUUCUGAGGACUCCAGUCCAAUUGCAUGAAGGCCCUAGUCCUGGCAGGCAGAUGCUGAGGAAGACAAGACCAGCUUUGAUUGGGCGUCUAUUCGCUUGACGGCCACUUGCUGCCUGGAGCCACUGCUUCCCUGGGGCAGAGCCCAUGAGCUGCCUCUCUGCAGUCGGGAGUGGCAAGCCAGUUGAGUUUGUUCAGAAUACAUCAGCACAGAGACCCUACUCUUAGGAACAUAGAUGAGGGAAUGAACAGGAGUGUGUCCUUGCAGUGCCACAGGUGUGGGAAGCAGGGUUCCUGCAAGCCAGGAUGCCUGGGCCUUCAUUUACACAGUGCCUUCGUUUUCUAGCCCACAGACCAGUCCCAGGCAUUUUUGAAAAUAGCAUGUGUGGUUGGGACUUGGGAAUAAACAAUCUACUGGA